AUAAUAAAACAUCAGACCUGCGCGACUGACUAGUUUGCCUGGACGAGACACAGAAACCACAGCUACCAAUUGGAUUUCGAGAGAAUCUGCGAAAGAAGUUCCCUAUAAUGCUGUCCCGAGUGAUCUCCAAAUCUCUGAACUCACUCAAGAGCCCGUUCGGAGGGCAGACAGCCUGUUACCAUGAGAAGGUGAUCGAUCACUACGAGAAUCCGAGGAACGUCGGUUCUCUCGACAAAACUUCAAAUAAGGUCGGAACCGGACUGGUCGGGGCGCCGGCUUGUGGAGAUGUCAUGCGUCUCCAGGUGAAGGUUGACGACCAAGGCAAAAUAGUCGAAGCUAAAUUCAAAACUUUCGGCUGCGCCAGUGCGAUCGCGUCAUCCUCGCUGGCCACAGAGUGGAUUAAGGGAAAGACAGUCGACGAAGCCCUACGGCUCAAGAACACGGAUAUCGCCAAAGAGCUGUGUCUCCCGCCGGUGAAGCUACACUGCUCGAUGCUCGCCGAAGACGCGGUCAGGGCUGCUCUUGCGGAUUAUCGAAUCAAGCAGAAACCGGAAGCGGCAUCAGAUAAGCCAUAGCAAGCUCGGUCGCCACGCGACUCCGAUGGAUCCCUCCAGCCUCAGCUGAGGGACGACUCCCGGGCAUUCAGCGCGAGCUUACACCACAUACAGAUUUGAGUUGUUAUCGAUGGAUCUUAGAUUGUAGUCAUGCGCACUGACGACUGGCGAAGUUCGGGAUUCAGUCCGAAAGAAAUCUUAGUGGUUCGACGGGAGUCGCCGCCAACCAAUCUGUGAUCGGGGAGGCCUUAUCAUGGGGAAGGUGAGAAUCGCCAGAUGUUGAUGUACAUAAAUAAAAUUCGUUGGUUA